CGAUCAAUAUUAUUAAGCCUAAUUAUUCAGAAAAAAAAAAUAUAGUCAUUAAGCCUAAUUAAGUAUUGCAUAGUAUUAUAUAUGAAUAAUUAUAUAUAUAGCCACCUCUUAUAAUUUGAGAAGCUCAUUAAUAUUCUUGAACCAUUUUCUUUUCAUUGCUAUAGGAUAUUUCUUUAUAAUUUUCAUCUAUGGUGUUCUCAUCAGUUUGUAGUUUUCCAUCCUCCCUUGGAACUAAUUUUAAAUUAGUUCCUCGUAGUAAUUUUAAGGCAUCAUCUUCUCAUUAUCAUGAAAUAAAUAAUUUUAUUAAUAAUAAACCAAUUAAAUUCUCAUAUUUUUCUUCAAGACUAUAUUGCUCUGCCAAACCAAUUGUACACAGAGAAAACAAAUUCACAAAAUCAUUUUCACUCAGCCACCUCCAAAGGAAAAGCUCCAUAAAGGCACAUGGUGAAAUUGAAGCUGAUGGGAGUAAUGGCACAUCUGAAUUUAAUGUAAUGAAAAGUGGAAACGCAAUUUGGAGAUUUGUAAGGCCAUAUGCAGCCAAGGGAGUAUUGUUUAACUCUGCUGCUAUGUUUGCAAAAGAGUUGGUGGGGAACCUAAAUCUAUUUAGUUGGCCUUUGAUGUUUAAGAUACUCUCUUUUACAUUGGUUAUUUUAUGCAUUUUUGUAAGUACAAGUGGCAUCAAUCAAAUUUAUGAUCUCGACAUCGACAGGUUAAACAAACCUAAUUUGCCAGUAGCAUCAGGAGAAAUUUCAGUUGAAUUGGCAUGGUUGUUGACUAUAGUUUGUACAAUAAGUGGCCUCACAUUAACAAUUAUAACGAACUCAGGGCCAUUCUUCCCUUUUCUCUACUCUGCUAGUAUCUUUUUUGGCUUUCUCUAUUCUGCUCCUCCAUUCAGAUGGAAGAAGAAUCCUUUUACAGCAUGUUUCUGUAAUGUUAUGUUGUAUGUUGGCACAAGCGUUGGUGUCUAUUAUGCUUGUAAGGCUAGUCUCGGGCUUCCAGCCAACUGGAGCCCUGCUUUUUGUUUGCUCUUUUGGUUUAUUUCAUUGUUGAGUAUACCCAUCUCCAUUGCAAAAGAUCUUUCAGACAUAGAAGGUGACCGCAAGUUUGGAAUCAUAACCUUCUCAACUAAAUUUGGAGCAAAACCCAUAGCAUAUAUUUGUCAUGGACUCAUGCUUCUGAAUUACGUGAGUGUUAUGGCUGCAGCUAUUAUUUGGCCACAGUUUUUCAACAGUAACGUAAUAUUGCUUUCUCAUGCAUUCAUGGCAAUUUGGGUAUUAUAUCAGGCUUGGAUAUUGGAGAAAUCAAAUUACGACACGGAGACGUGCCAAAAAUACUAUAUAUUCCUUUGGAUAAUUUUUUCUCUUGAACAUGCCUUCUAUUUGUUCAUGUAGUCAAUAUGUACCCUUAAAUCUCAAUUUCUUUUGAAAUAAUUUACAAUAAACUCUUUGUAAGGAAUAAAGGAUCUGUCUUCUUAUGUUUCAAAAAUAAAGACAACUAUUACUAAUUUUCUUUUAUUUUUAUAUUGUUUGGCUCAAAAUAUAUUUGAUGUUAGCGAAUGGUGUGGCUCACCACUCAAGUACUAGCAACAUCUGUUAUUAAUUUUGUAAGAAAUUUAUUUGAGCAGAUGUUUGUUUUUUA